AUACCAUUAUUACUGGUUGGGAUAUUUCAGCAUAUAUUGUUUAAUUUGACAAAUUGUACCCUCAAAAUAACGUGAAAGCGACGUCUUUUCCCCUCCCAAAAGUCUUGUACCCAAGAUCUUCAUAGCCGUAUUUUCUCUCUGCUAUUAAUGUUUCACAAACAUAAAUGUAUAUGUCCAACUUUCAUUUCUCUAUUCCUACAUUUUCAUUUUUCUGGUUUUCUUAGAAUCCAACUUUCCUGAAUCUUUAUUCCCUGGUUUCUUUUAUUGUUCAUUUGAUUUCUAAUCAUCAACCUUAAUUUAGUUAAUUCGUGAUCAUUUUCUUAAUGAUAAUAUAGCAGAUGAGGAAUUCAAGACAAAGCAAAAUGGUGACAGAAGAAAACAGCCACCACAAACAAGCAUUUGGGAGAGUGCAACAAUCUGGUCCAAAUGGACAUGAAUAUUCUUUUCGAAUAAGCCACACAUCAGAAACUAGCCAUACAAAUUAUGAUCAUCCUCCUCCUCGAUUAAGUUCCGAUUGUAGCCCUCCUCUCGCUGCAUCUCCGACAUGGGACCCAUCAUCAUCUCCAUGUUUAGAUUCUUCUUGGGACCAGAGUCACCAAACAUCGCCAUUAUCAAGAUCUCCAUGGACAUCUCACGUCGAAAAUAGUAGUACUAAUUAUUCAUAUACAGGGCUCAUGGGGUCCCUCGUUCGCGAAGAAGGCCAUAUAUAUUCUUUGGCAGCUUCAGGGGAUUUGUUAUACACGGGGUCUGAUAGUAAGAAUAUUAGGGUGUGGAAGAAUCACAAAGAAUUUUCCGGUUUCAAAUCAAAUAGUGGAUUGGUGAAAGCAAUUAUAAUUGCUGGAGAAAGAAUAUUCACGGGUCAUCAAGACGGAAAGAUUCGAGUCUGGAAGGUCUCUGGCAAGGAUCCAAGCAUUUACAAACGAAUUGGAACUUUGCCAACUUUAACGGCUUGUAUAAAAAGUUCACUGAAACCUAGCAAGAAUGUGUGGAUAAAGCAUUUUGAUGCUAUUUCAUGCCUUACCAUGAGCGAGGACCAAAAGCUUUUGUAUUCAUCAUCUUGGGAUAAAACCAUAAAAGUUUGGAGAGCAUCAGAUUCGAAAUGCUUGGAAUCGAUAAAAGCCCACGACGAUGCUGUAAAUUCGAUCGUCGUAGGUUUUAAUGGGCUACUUUUUUCAGGUUCUGCUGAUGGAACAGUAAAAAUAUGGAGAAAAGAAUCACAAGGGAAAGGAACAAAACACUUCUUUUCACAAACAUUGUUGAAGCAAGAAUGCGCGGUAACAGCAUUAGCUGUUGACCCUUCAUCGAGUUUCCUCUAUUGUGGCUCCUCUGAUGGGCUAGUUAAUUAUUGGCAGCGCGACAAACUUCUUUCCCAUGGAGGAGUUUUACGUGGUCAUAAGCUUGCAACACUAUGUUUAGCAGCCGCGGGAAAUUUAAUUUUCAGUGGAUCAGCUGAUAAUAAUAUUUGUGUAUGGAAAAGGGAUGGAGGGGAACAUAUAUGUUUAUCAUUAUUGAGCGGCCAUUCUGGUCCUGUUAAAUGCUUGGCUGUUGAAGAGGACCAAGAAAAAACAGGUGGUGAUAAACAGUUUAUUGUUUACAGUGGCAGCCUCGAUAAAUCGGUGAAGAUUUGGAGAGUAUCAUCGAAGUUGGUACCAAACCAGGCCGAGGUGGGGAUGAGUCCGCCGCAAAAUGUUCCUUCAGCUUGUAGCUUUGCGACACAAGGUAGCUGCAGAGUUAGCCAAAGGAGAAAAUAAUAAUGGUGGAAACUGGGAAACACAAACGGGAAAAGACAUACUCCCUCUGUUCCAAAAAGAUUAUCAUCCUUUCCUUUUUAUUCUGUCCCAAAAAAAUUAUUUCUUUUUUUAUAUUUAGAAACAAUUUAACUUUAUGAAAUGAUUUACAGCCACACAAAUAUCUAAGGUUUGUUUUGGACCACACAUUUCAAAAGUCUUCCUUUAUUUCUUAAACUUUGUCUUUCAAAUCAAAAGAGGAUAAUCUUUUUGGGACGGAGGAAGUAUUUCUUUUGACAAUUGUGUAGACGCAGUUAGCUUUGGAAAUUGACCAAGUUCUCAUCUAUCUUUUGCUAGCUUUGCUGAGAAAUAUUAGAUGAACCUUCAUUUACUUGUUCACCUUUUGGAGUUCGACAUAAAUGUCGAGGGCGGUUGAUGUAUUUGAAUUGUUGUUGUUUGUUUCUUAUCUACAUUGACAACAACGUA